AGCCUUUCUCCAGUGCCUCUGCCCCCUGGCCCGUGUCCCCCCGCAGAGGGGCCCUGAAGAGCUGCCCAUAGGGACACGGCUGUGUGGGCCCUGCCGUGCCUGGAGGGGCCUGUCAGCACCGCUUCCUCUGUGCCCCCACAGCCCCACUGAGGAUGGGGUUUGGCGGCAGCACCCCAUAGAAGCCUGCCACGUGCCAGGGUGGAGGUGGGGGGUUCUUAAUGCCCUGAGUAGGGGCAGAGAUACCCGGGGUAGGACUGGGCAUCAAUGUGCCGUGUAGACACAGAUGAGAUUGGGGGCCGACCAACGUGCCACCAGGGUAUGGGACUUGGACCCCUGUACCACCUGGUGGUGAUGGGACCGGUGACCCCCAUGGCAACCAGGGCUCAGUUCACGGCCAACCCUGUCACCAUCACAGCAGGGCUAUGGGUGUCCCUGUCAACAUCAUAGUGAGGGCAUGGGGACCCCCAGGUCCCUAUCCCAAUUGUGAGGCAGCAGGGUGCCACGUGCCCUGUGCCCGGCAGGAUGGACCCUGCCCAUCACCACCCCCAGGAACACUCUGUCCAAAGGGCAGUCGCCCACCCGUGACGGCCACUGGCAGCCUUGGGACACACCACCAUCACUGCUUGCCCACAGCCCACAGGGACCCGCAGCCACAAGGGCCAUGCAGAUCCUGACGUGCCCGGCCCAUUUGCAGCGCCUGGAGGCCGCCCUGCGCAGCAGCCUGCCUCGUGCCCUGCCGGUGUAUGGGGCUGUGCUGAACAUCAACCGUGGCAACCCCGGGGACUUCGAGGUGGCAGUGGAUGCCUGGCCCAACUUCGGUGCUGUGCUGGCGCGGCAGAGAGGAGAGGCGCCGCUGAAUGACAGCUACAGGAACCUGUGCAGCGCCUUCUACUGGGAUGUGGGUGCCUACCGCGCCCUGCUGGAGAGCCCGGGCUGCCUGCGUUGGGACUCCGCUUUCCACAUCUUCGGGCUGCAGGAUGGCGUGCUGACGGUGUCCCAGGACAUUGCAUCGGCCAAGGGCGUAGACCUGGAGGUGACUGAGUACUACACCUACCUGCACACUGACACCAGCACUCUACCAGAGCCACAGCUGGACCCUGACCUGCAGCUGGGCACACUGAGCCCGGCGCAUGUGGAGCUGCUGGACUCAACGUGGGCAUACGGGGGGAACGCGUGGAGCCGGCGCUACCUGGGGGAGCUGCUGCGCCGGUUCCCCUACCUAUGCCUUCAGGACUCGGCCGGGGAUCUCGUGAGCUGGGUGCUGAGCGACGGCUUUGCAUCCGGAGCGCACGGCUACACGGUGCCCUCCCAGCGGGGCCGCGGACUGAUGCGGGCGCUGACGAUCAUAGCUGCCCGGCGGGCGCACGGCCGCGGCUUCCCGUCGUAUGGCCACACGGCCUUAGGGAACCGGGGGAUGCAGCUGCUGCAAGAGAAUUUGGGGUACAUCCGGCUGCCGGGGCUGUGCCGCUUCGUGCUGCACAACCCUGCGCUGGCGCGGACUGCGCCCUGAGUGCCCCCCGGGGAGAAAUGUGUGAAUAAAAGCAAACGAACCGAAAAGAACCGACUGCAAAAUAAAAAAGGAACGAGCGAAAAACAGCAACUCGCAAAGAAACACUGAGAAAAAAAAACACCAACGAACCAACCGACCAAUGGUGAACGACGUAAACAACCGAAAAGGUGCAAAAAGCGAAGCGCCAAUGAAUGACCCGACAGAAUAACCGAGACAGAACGGCCCGACCGGCCAAAAAAAUACAAAACAAAAAAAAGACCAAGAAAAACGAUUAAAGAGAAACCA